UAGGCAUUGCGAUUACACACGGGCUAUCAGAUGCCCAAUCAAUGUGUACUUUUCUGAUGGACUGGGCCUCCAUCAGCCGUGCUCUUCACUCAUCUGCACCACUGCCAUCUCCGUCUCCCCUUUUUGAUCCACAUCGUCUAGAUGCCGCUGCAGCAGGGGAUAUCGACGCUGAAUUUCCAGAUCCAGCCCUCAUUGAACAAGCUCGCAAGCUGCCCCUCCAUCGGUUCGAUUGGUAUAAAGAAGUGCCCAACCAGCCAUGGCCAGUCCACACGCCUGAAGAUUUUGAUCACACUACCCUCCUAAGUCCCAGCGACCCUAUCCCCUGGGAAGACUGGGACACGAAAGCUCCCGUAGCCCAUCGCGUCCUGCAUUUCAGCGCCGCCGAAAUCCAACACAUCCACAACCUCGCCCAACCCUCCUCCACCGAUCCCCAAGUCUCCAAGCACGACGCCCUGCUAGCGCACAUCUGGACGCGCAUCAACCUCGCCCGCCAACUCCCCGCUUCAACUACCACCUAUCUAAAUCUGACAUUCGGUCUCCGUCCCCGUCUUUCCCUCCCGCAGAACUUCCUCGGUAGUCCCAUCAUGAUCACCGCCAUCCCCACCAUUCUCUCCUCCUCCUCCUCCUCCUCCCCGCCCCCGCUCUUCCAAACCGCAAGCACCAUCCGCACACAUCUGCAAGCCUUCACGCGGAGCGCCAUCGCCGCCGUGCUCCACGACGCGGCCUACGAAGUCUCCCCGCAACGCCUGUGGCGCGCUUUUCUGGGCCGCAAACAUGUCUUGCAGACGACGUGGGUCGGUGCUGGUGCGACGGAGGUGCACUUUAUAGGCGGUUCGGCGAGCCCUAAAUUAAGAUUUGUAAAGCCGGAGAUGGGGGGUGAUGGGUUGGUUCUGGUUAUUGAAGGGCUGGGGGAGAAUGAAGGGCAUUGGACGGCUAAUGGGGCGGAUGUGAUGGUGUAUUUGGAGAAGGGGGCUAUGGAAAGGUUGGAAAGUGAUGAGGGAUUGUGGGGUGGGGGGGUUGUAUAGUUAGUUGGGAAAGUGUUUUCUUUCUUUUUUCUGGUGCUGAAUAGAGAAUUACUUUUGUAUCUGUAUAUCUAGAGCUUUAGAUGUAGAUAGGCUGCGCAGAAACCCAUGGGUCCCCACCAAAUGGGUUGGGUACCCACCCCAUGGGGUGGGUUAUAGUAUAUAGGACCCAACCCAUGGGUCCCCAAAUAAAUCCACGACCCAACCCAUGGGUACAG